AUGAGCAGGGGCUGGAUUGUCUUUUGUUUGCAGAUCUACGGCGUGCUCACGGCCGUGCUGCAGUUCCUCGUGCCGUUCGUCAUCAUCGCCUUCUGCUACGUGCGCGUGUCGCUCAAGCUGCGCGACCGCGCGCGCCUCAAGCCGGGCUGCAAGUCGAGCCGCAAGGAGGAGGCGGACCGCGAGCGCAAGCGCCGCACCAACCGCAUGCUCAUCGCCAUGGUCACCGUCUUCGGCAUCUCCUGGAUGCCGCUCAACGUCAUCAACCUCCUCAACGACGUGUACAUCCCGACGGGCAACUGGCGCUACUACUACCUCAGCUUCUUCAUGGUGCACGCGCUCGCCAUGUCGUCCACCUGCUACAACCCCUUCCUCUACGCCUGGCUCAACGACAACUUCCGCAAGGAGUUCAAGCAG